AUGAAGAAAAGCAGUUGGCUCAUCAAUCCGCUCAGGCAUGGUCAAACUUGGCAGGCUAUAUCGGCUCAGGCGGUGGCUCGGCAGAAGGAGCGGUACUGCGCAGCUUUUCUGGCAUGGACGACAGCUUCGCGCAGCAAUUUCGUGAGUUGGUCAAUGCUUGUGAUCGUGAUCGGCAUCAAGACCGUCCAGCUGCACCACCUCCUGGUGGCCCCCCGGCUCCUGGUACCCGGAGGUUUGAUGCUGGGUCUGCAGCCGAGAAGCCCGGCACCAUUCACGGACCAGGAGCGGACAUCGAUUCGGACGACCCCAUGGAUGAUGAUCUUUGGGCGGAGUCUGAUCAAAUUGUUCGGGAUACGGUGCGUCUCUUUGUCCAGCUGA